AUGUUUCUCCGUCUCUCACUGCUGAUUAUAUACGCCGCCAUUGUGUCCCUUACUGAGGGAUAUCUUGCAGAACGGUAUCCGCCUUUUAUCGUCACCUCACCAGCGUCGGGACAAGUGUUUAAACAUGGUGAUUCUAUUCAAGUAACCUGGGAACUUGUGCCAGGGACUCGGUUCCCUUUAUAUGGCUAUGCCGCUGCAAGGACGGCCAAAACUGUGGGUGGUUUGCUAAAGUCUGAUGCAAGCAAAACAGGGAGCUAUGUCAAGGAGAUCGAUACCCAUCUGAGCUUUCUUGAUUUCAGUUAUACAUGGACAGUCGAUAACAAAACUCAACCUGGUGUUUAUCGUUUCGGUAUUGGCUUUUUUUAUCACGAAGCAUCGCCUACCUUCCACAUCACCGACUAA